CGGGCCAAGUAGCGACUGCAAAAGCAGUCAUUACAGUGCGUUGACAGAGCGAGCGAGAAUGGCAGCUGUUGAAGCGCACCGAGUUUUUAUCUAUGGAGGAAGGGGUGCUCUGGGAUCAAAAUGUGUCGAGUAUUUCAAGUCCAAAGGCUGGUGGGUAGCGUCUGUUGAUAUCGCAUCUAAUGAAAACGCAGAUGCAAACGUGCUUGUCCAGCUGUCCGAUUCUUUUACUGAUCAAGCGGACCAGGUGACAGCAGAUGUCUCCCGGUUGCUGGGAGACUCGAAAGUAGAUGCUAUCCUUUGUGUGGCUGGAGGCUGGGCUGGUGGCAAUGCCAGCGAUAAAGCCCUGUACAAGAACACCGACCUAAUGUGGAAGCAGAGUGUCUGGACCUCAGUCAUAUCUGUUCACCUGGCCACCAAACAUCUAAAGGAAGGGGGUCUUCUGACUCUGCCAGGGGCCAAAGCAUCCCUGACCGGAACCCCUGGCAUGGUGGGGUAUGGCAUGGCUAAGGCUGCUGUUCACCAGCUGUGCCAGAGCCUGGCUGGAGAUGACAGUGGCAUGCCCUUGGGUAGCACAGCGGUGGCCAUUCUACCCGUUACCUUGGACACACCGAUGAACAGGAAAUGGAUGCCAGACGCGGACUUUGGGUCCUGGACACCGCUGGACUAUGUGGCUGAAGCCUUCUUCAAGUGGGCAACAGGUGUAGGACGCCCGGCGUCGGGGAGCUUGAUGCAGCUUGUGACGUCUGGUGGGAGAACGGUGGCGACGCCCGCAAUUCAGUGAAGACAGUGCCAGAAGUAACCUGCAGGGGGCAGCAACCCCUAGUUCCCAUUUAGUCCUCUCGCAUAAAAAAACCACAGAAUCAAAUGAAGAGCGAAUCCCGCUGUCACACCUUAAACGUACAAUGCAUUCCAGUUCAGUGGCCUUACUCUGUGUUUAUACCUUCUGUAUGUGGGUGGGGUGUUAAUGUUUUGUGAAGAAAAUGGACCUUGAGACAUUAAGUCUAUCAAUAUUACAGUACAAGUCAGUUUUUAGUCAACCAGAUAUGAUUUAUUUGCAAGAAAAUGUAUCUGAUGUGGUAUAUCAAAACAGAAGCUACCUGCAAUUAAAAAAAACCGAAUCAUU